AUGUUACAAUUUAUAGAAUUAUUAAUAAUGUUUUUAUCAGUAUUAUUAAGUGUAGCAUUUUUAACAGUAGCAGAACGUAAAACAUUAGGUUAUAUGCAACGUAGAGUUGGACCUAAUGCUGUAGGUUAUUAUGGUUUAUUAAUGGCUAUUGCUGAUGCAGCUAAAUUAUUAUUAAAAGAAAUAAUCUUACCUACUCAUGCAGAUAAAAUAAUUUUAUUAAUUACUAUAAGUAGUGUUGGUGUAUUUGGUACUUUAUUAGCUGGUUCUAUUCGUUCUACUGCUCAAUUAAUUAGUUAUGAAUUAGUUUUAACUACUAUUGUUUUAUUAUGUAUUUUAUUAGCUGGUUCUAUGAAUCUUUCUAGAUAUGUUGAAUUACAAGAAUGUUGUGUUGCUGAAUGUGCUAGACCUCCUUUUGAUAAUGUUGAAGCUGAAUCUGAAUUAGUUUCUGGUCAUAUGACCGAAUAUUCUUCUUCUAUCUUUGUUUUAUUCUUCUUAUCUGAAUAUGCUUCUAUUUUAUUCCUUUCUACUUUAACUUCUAUCUUAUUCUUCGGUGGUGGUACUGGUAUUAUUCUUGGUUUAAAAACUAAUGUUUUUGCCUUUACUUAUAUCUGA